CUUCCUAGUAAUGAACUGGUGUUAUAAUGCGGGAGAGUAGCUUCCUAGUAAUGAACUGGUGUUCUAAUGCGGGAGAGUAGCUUCCUAGUAAUGAACUGGUGUUCUAAUGCGGGAGAGUAGCUUCCUAGUAAUGAACUGGUGUUCUAAUGCGGGAGAGUAGCUUCCUAGUAAUGAACUGGUGUUCUAAUGCGGGAGAGUAGCUUCCUAGUAAUGAACUGGUGUUAUAAUGCAGGAGAGUAGCUUCAUAGUAAUGAACUGGUGUUCUAAUGCAGGAGAGUAGCUUCCUAGUAAUGAACUGGUGUUCUAAUGCAGGAGAGUAGCUUCCUAGUAAUGAACUGGUGUUCUAAUGCAGGAGAGUAGCUUCCUAGUAAUGAACUGGUGUUCUAAUGCAGGAGAGUAGCUUCCUAGUAAUGAACUGGUGUUCUAAUGCAGGAGAGUAGCUUCCUAGUAAUGAACUGGUGUUAUAAUGCAGGAGAGUAGCUUCCUAGUAAUGAACUGGUGUUCUAAUGCAGGAGAGUAGCUUCCUAGUAAUGAACUGGUGUUCUAAUGCAGGAGAGUAGCUUCCUAGUAAUGAACUGGUGUUAUAAUGCAGGAGAGUAGCUUCCUAGUAAUGAACUGGUGUUCUAAUGCAGGAGAGUAGCUUCCUAGUAAUGAACUGGUGUUCUAAUGCAGGAGAGUAGCUUCCUAGUAAUGAACUGGUGUUCUCAUGCAGGAGAGUAGCUUCCUAGUAAUGAACUGGUGUUCUAAUGCAGGAGAGUAGCUUCCUAGUAAUGAGCUGGUGUUCUAAUGCAGGAGAGUAGCUUCCUAGUAAUGAACUGGUGUUCUAAUGCAGGAGAGUAGCUUCCUAGUAAUGAACUGGUGUUCUAAUGCAGGAGAGUAGCUUCUUAGUAAUGAACUGGUGUUCUAAUGCAGGAGAGUAGCUUCCUAGUAAUGAACUGGUGUUCUAAUGCAGGAGAGUAGCUUCCUAGUAAUGAACUGGUGUUCUAAUGCAGGAGAGUAGCUUCCUAGUAAUGAACUGGUGUUAUAAUGCGGGAGAGUAGCUUCCUAGUAAUGAACUGGUGUUCUAAUGCAGGAGAGUAGCUUCCUAGUAAUGAACUGGUGUUCUAAUGCAGGAGAGUAGCUUCCUAGUAAUGAACUGGUGUUCUCAUGCAGGAGAGUAGCUUCCUAGUAAUGAACUGGUGUUCUAAUGCAGGAGAGUAGCUUCCUAGUAAUGAACUGGUGUUCUAAUGCAGGAGAGUAGCUUCCUAGUAAUGAACUGGUGUUAUAAUGCAGGAGAGUAGCUUCCUAGUAAUGAACUGGUGUUCUCAUGCAGGAGAGUAGCUUCCUAGUAAUGAACUGGUGUUAUAAUGCAGGAGAGUAGCUUCCUAGUAAUGAACUGGUGUUCUCAUGCAGGAGAGUAGCUUCCUAGUAAUGAACUGGUGUUCUAAUGCAGGAGAGUAGCUUCCUAGUAAUGAACUGGUGUUCUCAUGCAGGAGAAUAGCUUCCUAGUAAUGAACUGGUGUUCUAAUGCAGGAGAGUAGCUUCCUAGUAAUGAACUGGUGUUCUAAUGCAGGAGAGUAGCUUCCUAGUAAUGAACUGGUGUUCUAAUGCAGGAGAGUAGCUUCCUAGUAAUGAACUGGUGUUAUAAUGCAGGAGAGUAGCUUCCUAGUAAUGAACUGGUGUUCUCAUGCAGGAGAGUAGCUUCCUAGUAAUGAACUGGUGUUCUAAUGCAGGAGAGUAGCUUCCUAGUAAUGAACUGGUGUUCUAAUGCAGGAGAGUAGCUUCCUAGUAAUGAACUGGUGUUAUAAUGCAGGAGAGUAGCUUCCUAGUAAUGAACUGGUGUUAUAAUGCAGGAGAGUAGCUUCCUAGUAAUGAACUGGUGUUCUAAUGCAGGAGAGUAGCUUCCUAGAAAUGAACUGGUGUUCUAAUGCAGGAGAGUAGCUUCCUAGUAAUGAACUGGUGUUCUAAUGCAGGAGAGUAGCUUCCUAGUAAUGAACUGGUGUUCUAAUGCAGGAGAGUAGCUUCCUAGUAAUGAACUGGUGUUCAAAUGCAGGAGAGUAGCUUCCUACUAAUGAACUGGUGUUAUAAUGCAGGAGAGUAGCUUCCUAGUAAUGAACUGGUGUUCUAAUGCAGGAGAGUAGCUUCCUAGUAAUGAACUGGUGAUGCCUUGGACGCACCCCAAUUUAGCGGAAAGGGAAUUCUGUUUAGCUCUCCUGUUCUCCAUGUAUCUAUACGUGUGUGUUUGUGUGUGUGUGUGUGUGUGUGUGUGAUCGAUGAUUUGUGUGUGAAUCUGUGUGUCUGAUGUAUGUCUCGUUCUGAUCUGAUCAUGUCUUCCUGUCCAAGCAGUGAAGGUCCCUGGGCCGGUGGAGAACCUCCAGGUAGAGUCCAUCUCCCCCACCUCCAUCCAGGCCUCCUGGGACGCCCCGGCCUACGCCAAUGGUCCCCUGCUGGGGUACCGACUGCUCUGGACCGAGACACCCUCUGGCAAGGAACAGGUACAUGGCUUUCAUGGUCCAAUCAACGUCAGCCCACCUGACACAGAUAGAAGAGCUAACAUAGCUCUCGGGUCAAAUGAGUUAAUCUGAGAACGCACAGGGCCAGUACUGAGUUCUAUCCACUUUCUAUGAAAGUAGUAAAGUCAUUAGCAGAAUUAAAGCUUGGUCUUGUCCCAUCGCUGCAACUCUCGUACAGACGACGGGAGAGGCGACGGGUCAAGAGCCAUGCGUCCUCCGAAAACACAACCCUGCCAAGUUGCUUCUUGACACACUGCUCGCUUAACCCAGAAGCCAGCCACACCAACGUGUCGGAGGAAACGCUGUACAGCUGGCGACCAAAGUCAUGCGUGCAUGCGCCCAGGCCCGCCACAAGAGCACAAUGAGACAAGGACAUCCCAGCCAGCCAAACCCACCCCUAACCCAGACGACACUGGGCCAAUUGUGCACCGCCUCAUGGGUCUCCCGGUCGCGACACAGCCUGGGAUCAAACCCGGGUCUGUAGUGACACCUCUAGCACUGUGAUGCAGUGCCUUAGACCACUGUGCCACUUGGGAGGCCCCUGGGAUAUUUUUAUUUCGACCAGAGGGAAGAGUGCCUCCUACUAGCCCUCCAACACCACUUCCAGCAGCAUCUGGUCUCCUAUCCAGGACCAACCCUGCUUAGCUUCAGAGGCAAGCCUGCAGUGGGAUGCAGGGUGGUAAGCUGCUGGUAUGAAAGGGAGGAGACAGGUUAUGGAAUGAUUUUUAAGCCUUGAGACAAUUGGGAAAUGGAUUGUGUUUGUGUGCCAAUCAGAGGGUGCACCAGUUUGUGUCAAGAACUGCAAUGCUGGUGGGUUUUUCACUCUCAACAGUUUUCCGUGUGUAUUAAGAAUGGUCCAUCACCCAAAGGACAUCCAGCCAACUUGACACAACGGUGGGAAGCAUUGGAGUCAACAUGUCAGGAAAGUGUUCUUAAUGUUUGGUAUACUCAGUGUAGAAGCCACUGACACUGACCAUCACAAUCUUAUUAUUUUUGUAAACUGUCAAAAUGCUUUUAUGUCUGCCGUUUUCAUUAUUUCAUUAUUAUUUGACAGCUCUUUUAGGUCAUCUCAGUAAAGCUGAUAACGUGAUCCAGGGCUUUAGAUGUUAUAACCUGGAGUUAAGUGGACUUUGCUCUAUUGAUUGUAUUAUACACUUUCUCUUCACACACACACACACACAUAUACACACACACACAUACACGCACAUAUACACACAUAUACACACACCCACACACACACACACACACACACACACACACACACACACACACACACACACACACACACACACAUACACACACACACAUACACGCACAUAUACACACAUAUACACACACCCACACACACACACACACACAUACAGUGAGGGAAAAAAGUAUUUGAUCCCCUGCUGAUUUUGUACGUUUGCCCACUGACAAAGACAUGAUCAGUCUAUAAUUUUAAUGGUAUGUUUAUUUGAACAGUGAGAGACAGAAUAACAACAAAAAGAUCCAGAAAAACGCAUGUCAAAAAUGUUAUGAAUUGAUUUGCAUUUUAAUGAGGGAAAUAAGUAUUUGACCCCUCUGCAAAACAUGACUUAGUACUUGGUGGCAAAACCCUUGCUGGCAAUCACAGAGGUCAGACGUUUCUUGUAGUUGGCCACCAGGUUUGCACACAUCUCAGGAGGGAUUUUGUUCCACUCCUCUAUGAAGAUCUUCUCCAAGUCAUUAAGGUUUCGAGGCUGACGUUUGGCAACUCGAACCUUCAGCUCCUUCCACAGAUUUUAUAUGGGAUUAAGGUCUGGAGACUGGCUAGGCCACUCCAGGACCUUAAUGUGCUUCUUCUUGAGCCACUCCUUUGUUGCCUUGGCCGUGUGUUUUGGGUCAUUGUCAUGCUGGAAUAUCCAUCCACGACCCAUUUUCAAUGCCCUGGCUGAGGGAAGGAGGUUCUCACCCAAGAUUUGACAGUACAUGGCCCCGUCCAUCGUCCCUUUGGUGCGGUGAAGAUGUCCUGUCCCCUUAGCAGAAAAACACCCCCAAAGCAUAAUGUUUCCACCUCCAUGUUUGACGGUGGGGAUGGUGUUCUUGGGGUCAUAGGCAGCAUUCCUCCUUCUCCAAACACGGCGAGUUGAGUUGAUGCCAAAGAGCUCCAUUUUGGUCUCAUCUGACCACAACACUUUCACCCAGUUCUCCUCUGAAUCAUUCAGAUGUUCAUUGGCAAACUUCAGACGGCCCUGUAUAUGUGCUUUCUUGAGCAGGGGAACCUUGUGGGCGCUGCAGGAUUUCAGUCCUUCACUGCGUAGUGUGUUACCAAUUGUUUUCUUGGUGACUAAGGUCCCAGCUGCCUUGAGAUCAUUGACAAGAUCCUCCCGUGUAGUUCUGGGCUGAUUCCUCACCGUUCUCAUGAUCAUUGCAACUCCACAAGGUGAGAUCUUGCAUGGAGCCGCAGGCCGAGGGAGAUUGACAGUUAUUUUGUGUUUCUUCCAUUUGCGAAUAAUCGCACCAACUGUUGUCACCUUCUCACCAAGCUGCUUGGCGAUGGUCUUGUAGCCCAUUCCAGCCUUGUGUAGAUCUACAAUCUUGUCCCUGACAUCCUUGGAGAGCUCUUUGGUCUUGGGGGCGGCAGGUAGCUUAGUGGUUAAGAGCGUUGUGCCAGUAACCGAAAGGUCGCUCGUUCUAAUCCCCGAACCGACUAGGUGAAAAAUAUGUCGAUGUGCCCUUGAGCAAGGCACUGAACCCUAAUUGCUCCUGUAAGUCGCUCUGGAUAAGAGCGUCUGCUAAAUGACUAAAAUGUAAAUGUUGGCCAUGGUGAAGAGUUUGGAAUCUGAUUGAUUGAUUGCUUCUGUGGACAGGUGUCUUUUAUACAGGUAACAAACUGAGAUUAGGAGCAUUCCCUUUAAGAGUGUGCUCCUAAUCUCAGCUCGUUACCUGUAUAAAAGACACCUGGGAGCCAGAAAUCUUUCUGAUUGAGAGGGGGUCAAAUACUUAUUUCCCUCAUUAAAAUGCAAAUCAAUUCAUAACAUUUUUGACAUGCGUUUUUCUGGAUUUUGUUGUUGUUAUUCUGUCUCUCACUGUUCAAAUAAACCUACCAUUAAAAUUAUAGACUGAUCAUUUCUUUGUCAGUGGGCAAACGUACAAAAUCAGCAGGGGAUCAAAUACUUUUUUCCCUCACUGUAUGGGAGUUUAUCAAAAUUGGAAUUUUCGAAUUCUUUGUGGGUUUGUGUAAUUUGAGGGAAAUAUGUGUCUCUAAUAUGGUCAUACAUUUGGCAGGAGGUUAGGAAGUGCAGCUCAGUUUCCACCUCAUUUUGUGGGCAGUGUGCACAUAGCCUGUCUUCUCUUGAGAGCCAGGUCUGCCUACGGCGGCCUUUCUCAAUAGCAAGGGUAUGCUCACUGAGUCUGUACAUAGUCAAAGCUUUCCUUAAUUUUGGGUCAGUCAGUAUUCUGCCAUCAUAGAGCUUGAUGGUGUUUGCGACUGCACUUGAAGAAACUUUCAAAGUUCUUGAAAUGUUCCAAAUUGACUGACCUUCAUGUCUUAAAGUAAUGAUGGACUGUCGUUUCUCUUUGCUUAUUUGAGCUGUUCUUGCCAUAAUAUGGACUUGGUCUUUUACCAAAUAGGGCUAUCUUCUGUAUACCCCCCCCCCCCCCCCCCCCCAACCCCCCCACCUUGUCACAACACAAGUUGAUUGGCUCAAAUGCAUUAAGAAGGAAAUAAAUUCCACAAAUUAACUUUUAAGAAGGCACACCUGUUAAUUGAAAUGCAUUCCAGGUGACUACCUCAUGAAGCUGGUUGAGAGAAUGCCAAGAGUGUGCAAAGUUGUCAUCAAGGCACUUUUUUGGUUACUAGAUGAUUCCAUAUGUGUUAUUUCAUAGUUUUGAUGUCUUCACUAUUAUUCUAAAAUGUAAAAAAUAGUAAAAAUACAGAAAAACCCUUGAAUGAGUAGGUGUGUCCAAACUUUUGACUGGUAGUGUAUGUUGAAGAGGGUGGGGCUUAAGCUGAAUCCCUGUCUCACCCCACGGCCCUGUGGAAAGAAUUGUGUGUGUUUUUGCUGUUUAUUCUUUGUUAUAGGGCCAAAAAGAUUGGAGAAGUGGUUUAUCCAUACAUCUCAGUUUUGGAUAGAUAACUUUUUGUGUUGUUGUUUGUUUAGUGUGUUCCAAUUUUCCCAGAAGUGGUUAGAUUCUAUGGAUUCUUCAAUUACAUUGAGCUGAUUUCUGACGUGCUUUUCCUUAUUUUUCCGUAGUGUAUUUCUGUAUUGUUUUAGUGAUUCACCAUAGUGAAGGCGUAGGCUCAGGUUUUUCUGGGUCUCUAUGUUUUUGGUUGGAUAGGUUUCUCAAUUUCUUUCUUAGGUCUUUGCAUUCUUCAUCAAACCAUUUGCCAUUGUUGUUAAUUUAUAGGUUGUCUGCUUGAAUUUUUUAGAUUUGAUAGGGAAGCUGAGAGGUCAAAUAUACUGUUUAGGUUUUCUACUGCCAAGUUUACACUUCCAACAAUACAGUGCCUCUUUCUUUCUUCUUCGUUCUUUCUUCUUUUUUUUUCUUAGUUCGUUCUUUCUUUCUUUCUGUUUUUUCUUUCUUCUUUCUUGAUUCGGUUUGGGUUUGCUUCUUCGACAGGAAAUACUUUUCUUUGGAGAGAUUUAUCUUAUCUGACGAUGGCUAUCUUCUGGAUGAGCGCGGAAUCUGCUCUCGCUCUAAAACCUCGUUCUCUCUGCAACAAUUUAUAUGCUGCGACCCCAUCUGUCCCUCAGAAAUGCCAUAGCACCACAGAUAUCCAUAAUUACCUCCACCUUCUACCACUCCCCCUCAUUCCUCGCCUCUCUCCUCCCCAUAUCUCCGUCCCCCCUCUCCCCCUCCCUCCCUCCCUCCUCCCUCCCUCCCUCCCUCUAAGAUGAUCCGGCUGAAAUGAAACAUUCUGUCUGACUGCUACUGUACUUACCAUCACAUGAUAGAAGAGAGGAUUUAUUGGGUUUGACAAUUUCAUUAAAACAAUACAAGCAGACAGUACAUAUAUAUACAUGUCAAUGACUGUUAUUGUAUAUUUUAAUGGAUAACUCUUGGUAUGUGUCUAUAUGAGAAAGGUGGAGAGGCCUACAGUAUAUUUUAAUAAUGUGGCUAUAUGAGGCACAGAGUGUUUAAUGAGUCAUCUUCUGUCAUGAAUAAAUACUUACAUGUGCUACUUGAUAUAGACUUGACAUUUUAUGGCUAAUGUGAAUGAAUGGCUAAUGUGUUUUCUGAUCAUUCAUAUGCUGUUUACUCAGAAUUAAUUUGCUAUGCAUUACAUGCAGUCAGGUCGUUAUUGUAAAGAGGUAUGUGUUAGGGGGUAUAUCUCGCUCUCUAUAUCUAGUCCUCUCUAGGGCGAAUCUAUUAGAUAUCUUCUAUACGAUCUCUAUCUUAAUCUCUCUCUCUCUCUCUCUAUAUAUUUCUCUCUCUCUACUCUCUCUCUCUUCUCUCUUCUCUCUCUCUCUAUCUCUCUAUCUCUCUCUCUCUCUCUCCUCUCUCUCUCUCUCUCUCUCAUCUCUCUCUCUCUCUCUCUCUCUCUAUCUAUCUCUCUCUAUUUCAGAGUGUGGAGGUGAACGGGCAGAGUUAUAAGAUGGAGGGACUUCAGAAGUUCACAGAGUACUCGUUAUGUGUCCUGGCGUUGAACCGCUACGGCCCUGGGGUCACCACAGAGGACAUGAGCAUCACCACGCUGUCUGAUGGUACGACGCUCACUCUCAUUGGAUUACUGUGUGUUUUCACUCACUCUCAUUGGUUCCCUGACAGGGACUAUUCUCAUUCUUAACCCAGUGGUUCUUAUUGGACAUGUCCCAGGAAGUAUUUCUCUAUUUCAGUCUGUUGUCUUCCGUUUUGUGCCCAAACGAAUAGACCCCUUGCUGGGUUCACUGUGUGUUUACUGAAAGUCAUACUGUGCCUUUCAUACAUUUCCCUUCUGAUUGCAGUGGGAUAAACAGCCUCAUAAUGAAUGAAACUUAAUCAAGAAUUAAUGACACAGUUGAUCCUUUAUUAAUUAUCUCAUUGCAUUUGACACACAUGAGCUGCCUGCAUGUCACCAGUCGGUGUAUACGUCCCAAAUGGCGCCCCCAUUGUGUAUACUGCACUACGUUUGACCAGGCCGAAAGCACUAAGUAGGGAAUAGGGUUACCAUUAGGGACGCAUCCAGUGUAUGCAUUCAUACACUCUAUUUUCUUGUUAAUCCAUUUUCCGGCGGUGUCACUCAACUCUGACAGCCCACAUGGCACCGCGUUGGAACGGUCUGAUUACCUAGCACUGCUCCAGCGCUCUUAAAGAAUCAGGGCCGUGUGCCAAAUGUCACCCUAUUCCCUAUGUAGAGCACUACUUUAGACCAGGGCCCAUAGGGGUUCUGUUCAAAAGUAGUGCACUAUAGAGAGAAUAGGGUGACAUUUGGGACUCAGCCACAGUCCCCUCAAUCUGCAGAUUCAAUUAGUCACGAAGACAGUCCCCUGGGACCCGCAGCAGCAGCUCUCGUUCCAUUGGAUGGCUCCCUUUAGAACAUUGCCUAUUCACUUGUUCCAUUGGCUGCCUCCCCAGGAACAUUUCCUACGCUACAUUACCUGCAGAAAGUGGACCGAUUCCCCUGUAUCCUCCAGAAAGCAGUCUACACUACAUUACCUGCAGAUAGGGUCCUAUUCCCCUGUAUCCUCCAGAAAGCAGUCUACGCUACAUUACCUGCAGAUAGGGUCCUAUUCCCCUGUAUCCUCCAGAAAGCAGUAUACGCUGCAUUACCUGCAGAUAGGGUCCUAUUCCCCUGUAUCCUCCAGAAAGCAGUAUACGCUGCAUUACCUGCAGAUAGGGCCCUAUUCCCCUGUAUCCUCCAGAAAGCAGUCUACGCUACAUUACCUGCAGAUAGGGUCCUAUUCCCCUAUAUCCUCCAGAACACAAACUACCUACCUGCAGAGGGGCUGUAUUCCCCCAUAGAAAUAUAA